GAUAAACCCCCCCCCCCCUCUUUCUCUCUCCUGCGGUCGACCCUUCCGCCUCCAAUCUGAGCUACUUUACACUUCGCCGCGUUUCCCCUUCUUCAUCUCCGGCUCGAACCCAUCUUCUGUUAACCUGCUCUGCCCCACUGUACUCUCCCCCCCCCUAUUUGUCUAUAAUCUGUAUGUGCUGCAGAGGGAUGCCUCCAUUCAUAUUUUCCAGGUGAUUCGACCUUCUUUGCUUCAGUUCUUCCUCAGGACAUAAUGGGAAAGAAGGUUAAAAAGAAGGCGGCUCGUACUGCCCAUAAGGAGAAGGAGAAGGAGAGGGAGAGGGAGAAGGAGAAGGAGAAGGAAAAGAGGGUUUCUACCUCUUCCCCAAACGCUGUUUCUUUGGAAGAUAAUCAGAGUUCCGUGACUGCUGAUGAUGGACCUGUGCUGCAGAAGGAGAGGGACGCCUGUGUCCAUCUUGAGAAGGGUAUUGAUCUGGAGAAAUUUUCUUUAAAAAUUGAGUCUGCAGAGUCCACUGGCUGCGAAGAUUGCAGGGACGGUGUGAAUGACCGAAAGGCCUGUAAAGGGAAGGGAAAACACGGUAAGAAGAAGGGUGCUUCUGAUUCUAGAGCUAAUAAAGCCACUUGGAUUUGCUUACAAUGCGGGCACUUUUCCUGUGGAGCUGUUGGCUUACCAACUAGCCCACUAAGUCACGCGCUUAGACAUUCGAGACAAAAUCGGCAUCCCUUGGUGAUCCAAUUGGAGAAUCCACUUUUAAGGUGGUGUUUCUCUUGCAACACACUUCUCCCUGUUGAUAAACUGGUAGAUAUUGGUGAACAUAAAGAUGUUUUCUUAGAUAUUGUCAAGCUAUUGAAAAAACAGUCUUCAAAAGUACGUUCAGUGGAUGUAGAGGAUGUUUGGUUUGGAAGUGGUAGUGUUGUCAGUGAAGUUAAAGAAGAAAGCAAAGCAAUCAAUUUAGUCAAUGGAAAAGACUUCUAUUCAGUAAGAGGGUUGGUUAACCUUGGCAAUACUUGUUUUUUCAAUUCUGUCAUGCAGAAUCUGCUAGCAAUGGAUGUGCUGCGGGAGUGCUUGCUGAAUUUGGAAGGGUCUGUGGGUCCAUUAACGAGUGCUUUGAAGAAAUUUUUUGUUGAAUCUAGCCCUGAGUCAGGUCUGAGAAAUGUAAUAAACCCCAAGUCACUUUUUGGAUGUGUUUGUGCAAAAGCUUCUCAGUUUAGGGGAUAUCAGCAGCAGGACAGUCAUGAAUUGCUGCGUUGUUUGCUGGAUGGGCUGUCUUCUGAAGACUUGUAUGCAAAAAAAUCAGCAGGUUCUAAUGGGAAAUCUAAACCUGUGAGUUCAACAUUUGUUGAUGCCAUAUUUGGCGGACAAACAUCAAGCAGUGUAUGUUGUGUUGAAUGUGGGCACUCUUCUGUUGUGUAUGAGCCUUUCCUGGACCUAUCACUUUCUGUGCCGACGAAGAACCCUCUCUUUAAGAAGGCUCGACCAGUUCAUCGAGCAAAGAAGACAAAGCUGCCUCCUAAAAGAGGUGGGAGGAUUCGCCCUAAACUGAAUAAAAAUGAAGAUAUGGGGCCUGCUCCCAGUAAUUGUACGAGUUCAACAAGCAUCGAGUCUUCUUCUGGUUUGAAGGGUGGUUUGAAGGGUGAUAUGGGGACUGCUUAUAGCGGUUGUAACACUUCAACUAGUUGUGAGUCCUCUUCUAGCUUGUUUGCUGAGGCUCCCAGCUGUGCUCCAUCUGCUGACUUUAUUGGACCCAUUAACUUGGUUAGUAGAAAUGCUAUGAUGACUCAAGAUAAUAACUCCGUCGAGCCAGACGAUGCUAGCACUGAAAUGCUGCAAAGUGAUGCUCAGGAUGCUGAUGGCAUGUCAUGGUUGACUUAUGUUGAACCCAUUUCCCAAAGUGAUGGUUCCCAAGGAGCUGAUUGCAAUAGUUGGAUGGAUUAUCUCGGGCCAAUAUCAUUGUCAGAUGACCCAAAUUCUGCUGGGAAGGUGGGUUUUUCUGUCACUCAAGAUUUUGGAAGUCAAGAUGGGAACCACGACAUUAUUUCUAUUGACGGUACAUCCAAGCCAAUUGUUGAAGCUAAUUUAUCUCAAGAUUCUACAAUGGAGGGGGACAAUCUUGGUGAUGUGACUGUGCCAGAUACAUCAAAAUCAGGUGGUGAAGUAAGUGAGCAACCUCAGUAUGUGAAUCUUAAGGCGGAGUCCACAGCUGAUGAUUGGGGUGAAGAGCGUGCGGUGCAGGUACAGGAAAAUGAAAUAUUGUUGUUGACCUACAAGGAAAAUGGUCCCGUGGAUGGGGAAGAGAUGAAGGUAGAUGCUGAAAUCUCUUCAUCAGCUAUAGUUGAUGGAGAAGAUAGUCUGGGUUUUGAUGGCCUAGGUGAUUUGUUCAAUGAACCCGAGGCUGCCGAGGCAGGUAUGAAUAAUACCCCGGUUAGUGAUGGUUUGGGCACUGGGUUUCUAGCAGGGAACAGCACUGAGUCUGAUCCAGAUGAAGUUGAUGAUACGAAUUCACCAGUAUCUGUAGAGAGUUGUUUGGCGCAUUUCAUAAAGCCUGAGCUUUUGUCUGGUGAGCAUGCUUGGCAUUGUGAGAACUGUUCAAAACUAGUAAAAGAAGGACGAAAAAGAAUGAGGAAAAAUCAGCAGAAAACGGCAUUGAUCCAGAGAAACAAGUCCAGUAAUGUAUGUUCGACUUCUGAAAUUUUGCAUAUGAGUCAUUCUUUUCCAGACUCCUUGGCUGGUCUUGGCAAUGGAAGCAGUGAUACAGAUGAGAACUUGAAGAAGCAUGACACCAGAAGAACCAAUGAGCUUUGCCAAGAUUUACCACAAGAGGAAGAAAUUAGAUGUGUACCAGAAGCUGCACAUCUUAGUGCCUCUGGUCCGGCUGUUUAUUCUAUACCUUCUGAUGGUAAAUCUAGUGAUACCCAUGAUAAUGGUCCUGUAGAGAAGCCGUCUGGACUAAGUGAGGAGCAUGAAUCAGGAGAAGAGGAAGAGGAGGAAGUUGAUUUGAAGUGUGUUAAGGUGAUGAGAGACGCAACUAAACGGAUACUUAUCAGCAAGAUCCCUCCGAUUUUGACUAUCCACCUAAAAAGAUUUUCGCAAGAUGCUCGUGGCCGUCUUAGUAAAUUGAACGGCCAUGUUGGCUUUAAGGAAUACAUUGACCUUGGACCUUACAUGGAUUGCAGGUCCACAGAAAGAGACAAUUGCAUAUACCACUUGAUUGGAGUGGUGGAGCAUUCUGGAUCAAUGAGAGGCGGGCAUUAUGUGGCAUAUGUUAGAGGAGGUGACAGGCGAAAAGGAAGAUCAGAAGAAGAAACUAUACGGGGACGUUCUGUAUGGUAUCAUACUAGUGACGCGUAUGUUCGUGAAACAACAUUGGAGGAGGUCCUCGGCUGUGAGGCUUACAUUCUGUUUUAUGAGAAAGCUAAGCUUAAGCUUUGAUGAAGGUAGUGCAAUGCUGGUAGCCUGAAGAAACUCAACCACAAGGUGCAAAAACACAAGUGCCAGACGAUCCAGUCCGGUCUUUAAACAUUGAACAUCAUCCAGAUUAAAUGGGCUUUAGGAUUUACCAGUAGCCCUAAAUUACCAUUGCCAGUAAUUUGCCACUACUACUGUCUAGUGUCUACUGGUACGUAGAGCUGGCAGAAAUUGACCCAGCCCCCGAACCCAACCCAAUAAUAAAGGGUUGGGUCAAGAUUUUCAACCCGUUUAAUUAAAUGGGUCAACCCAACCCAAUCCAACCCGUUUAAUUAAAUGGGUUGAGUUAGGUUGAAAUGUUCAACCCAGAAACAACCCGCCUAACCCGUUUAAGUUCAAACAAGUAUGUAAUAUAGAUAUGUAGAAUGUUAUUUGAAAGAUUUUAUUUCUCAUUUUUCCUUCAACAUUGAACAAUUAUUUGACGUUUUGAUUCGUGCCAAAUACAUAUUGAAGUAUUAUUUUUUGCUAUGAGAUAUACCACAAAAACAUCACCUCGCAAUUCUAUAGUCAAGUCAAUUUACACUUAAAAGUGGAAAAUAAAUUAAACGGGUCAACUUCAGGUCAACCCGUUUAUAUUUGGGUUGAAAAUCUCAACCCGUUUAAUUAAACAGGUCGGGUUGGGUUGGGAAAAUCUCAACCCGUUUAUAAAUGGGUCGACCUGAUUUCGACCCAACCCAACCCAACCCAUUGCCAGCUCUAGUGUCUAUUGGUACGUAGAGCUGUUAAAACGGUUACUCGAGUCGGGUCCGGGUUUGGUCAGGUCAUGAAUUGGUCGGGUCAUUUUAUCACCUGGUACAAGUCUGGUUCAGGUCGGGUUCGGUCGGGUUCGGUCAGGUUGAAAAUUUGUCGGGUCAUGUCGGGUUAUU